AUGAAUAAUGUUAUAGAAGUGAAAAUAGAUGUUACAAAUGUAAAAUGGGUAGAUAAUUCUUAUAUUCAAUAUCAAUUCCACGUCAGAGUGGUUGUUGGUACUGAUUAUAAUAAUAUAAAAUGGGAGACAAUACUUAAUAAACGAUAUUCAGAUUUUGUUAAAUUAGAAAAGGACAUGUUAAGUGAACUAAAAACCAAGAAAUGUCCAUUUGAUUUACCGAAGAAAAAAUAUUCUAUAUGGGGUAAGUACUAUCCCUUCAGUAAUAAUGAUUCGACAAAUGAUACAGCUGAUCAUGAUGGUAUUGAAAAAUAUGAUGAUGAUGAGACAAUAAGGGAAAGAAAAUCGAAAUUGGCUAAAUAUUUAUACGACAUUUUAAAUAAUACGUUUGAUAGGAAAUGGAGAGAUUCUAAAUCAAUGGCAAAGUUCCUUGGGUUAAAAGACGGUAUAUCUGAUUGGUCAGCAUUACUUAAUGGAUUGAGAAGUGGCACAAAUAAGAAUGAAUAUGGGGCUGAUUUUAGUUCAAAUAAUGAAGAUUCAUGGUUAAUCCAAUUUAGAGAUUGUAAAAACGACUUAUUACAAUGUCGUAACUUAUCCCAGUACAGAAAUCACAGCGGUGAUACCAGUAGCGACACCAAUGGCACAUUUCUUAACAGUUUAAUGAAACUACGGUUAAAAGUUAAUAAUUUACAAACAGAUUUAUCACAAAGUAGUAAUAAGGGGAAGAAUAUUGAUCAAGAUGAGUUAGUAAGAAGGCAGAAUUUACUGAAAAUGUUAAAACAUGAUAUUACUGAAUUAUCGUCCAAUUCUUCUAUUAAACCAAGUUUUGAAAGAAAUACAACAAAUCUAAUGAAACCCAUUAGUAAUGGUAAUAGAAGACGAUUUGGAGAAACCUCAGAGACUGAAAAGUUGAAUGAUAGAGAAUUAUAUACGAAUAAUAGAAUUGUAUUACAGAAACAAAAUCAGAACUUAGAACAGUUGCAUGAUAUAAUUCAAAAGCAAAAGGUGCUAUCAUUAGCUAUGAAUGAGGAAUUGCAACAACAGAAUGAAUUAUUAGAUGAUUUUUCAAAUGAUGUAGAUAGAGUAUAUGGUAAGAUUAGGAAUACUAAUGAGAAGGCAUCCAAAGUUAAUCGUUGA